UAUAAACUCUCAAUUGCGUUUUGUUGUCGUUUGAUUUUGUUUCUCAAACUUUCACUUGUUGGGGUUUGCUGGCUGGCUGCUAGCUACCUCUCACCGUUGUAUGGAAAUGUGAGUUUGAUUAGCAACUUCUUAAAAAAGCAAAGCGCGUACUUGAAGACUGAAGACAAAAAAAAAAAAAAAAAAAAAAAAAAACAAUACGCUAGCUAUGGAAAGAGUUCAUUUACUGGCACGAUAAACAAGUAACAGCACGUACACGGCAGCAUUUGGUGAUCAGCGGCGACGAGCGACACUGCAUUGUACAUAGCAGCGGCAUUCAUUUGAAGCAUCAGCAAAUUUUAUCAUAAAUCGCUCAACCCCCAACCCAAUUCCAUCAUCCAGACCACAACAUUCAUUAACGGAAAUGUCUUUAAGGCAACGCACAAAUAAUAACAACAAUAAUAAUGUCGUGGAAGGCAGCACAGCAUCCCCGGACAACACCCACACUACAGCGGAUUCGAAUAAGAAAAAUGCCGAGCAACAGGAACGUACAAAUCCUAUGGUGUACAUAGUUUUCAUAUCCCUUCUAUUUGAUUUGUUGGCAUUUACAAUCAUUUUGCCGCUGCUGCCAUCGUUGUUGGAAUAUUUUAAAAAUAAUGACAGUUCCGGUUUGUAUGCAGUGCUAACGGAUCGCAUAAAAUGGUUUCAAGAAUUGGUCGGUGCGCCGGAUCGCUACAAUUCGGUGUUGUUUGGUGGCCUGUUGGGUUCCAUGUUUAGCUUUUGCAGUUUCUUGGCUAGUCCCAUUGUGGGAGGGCUGUCGGAUUGCUAUGGCCGUAAACCGGUUAUUAUAUUGUGUGCGGCUGGCAUUGCUUUAUCGUAUUUGCUGUGGGCAUUUUCCCGCAAUUUUGCUGUCUUUGUUUUGGCCCGUUUUGUUGGUGGCCUUAGCAAGGGUAAUAUAUCGUUAAGCAUGUCCAUUAUCACAGAUGUUAGCAGCGGUAAAACUCGUGGCCGUGGCAUGGCCUUGGUGGGAGUGGCAUUUUCACUGGGCUUUAUUGUUGGACCAAUGAUUGGUGCUUUGUUUGCCAUAUUUUCGAAUAAAUCAACUGGACCAUGGUUUGUUUUGCCAUCUCUGCUGGCGCUGGCAUUGGCUUUGGGGGAUCUGUUGAUUUUGGUGUUUUGUUUGAAGGAAACAUUGCCCAAGGAAAAACGCGUCAAGGAAAUCUCUUCUUCGAUGUCAUAUGCCUUUCAAUUGAUCAAUGUUUCCUCUAUCUUUCGAUUUGCUUCCAUCAAAAAUGUACCCCAGAAACAAAUCAAGUCUUUGCAAACAAUUGGUAUCAUUUACUUUGUCUAUUUGUUUCUUUAUUCUGCCUUGGAGUUUACCGUUACAUUCCUAAUGUAUCAUAAAUUUGGCUAUACAUCCAUGGAUCAGGCUAAAAUGUUUUUGACAACAGGUAUUAUCAUGACAAUAUUACAAGGCUCUGUGGUAAGGCGUCUACCCGAAAAGGAUAUUAAAAACUAUGCAGUAUUCAGUUUAUAUUUAUUGAUUCCGGCCUUUGCCAUUGUUGGCAUUGCCCACUGUACAUGCAUGCUAUACAUUGGCAUGAUAUUGUAUGCCAUAUCCACUGCAUUUACGGUCACCUGCCUUACCACCCUCGUCUCCAAAUAUGGCAAUGACGAUCAGAAGGGCUCAGUUUUGGGUAUUUUCCGUUCUUUGGGUGCUUUGGCCCGAGCCAUGGGACCCGUCGUCGGUUGCAUUGCCUUCUGGUGUAUUGGCUCGAAAUUAACCUAUGUUAGCGGUGGAUUGCUAUUGCUUAUACCCGCCUAUGUUUUGCAGAAAACUCAACUUGCAUAAAUGCUUGCGUUUCCAUUUGUGCUUCCAUGUUGUAACUUUAUGAAAUUAUAUAACAUGCUUUUUCUGUAUUAUAUACACACACAUAUAUGCGCGAAACUGUUUAAAUGUAUUAUUUAGUACUUAUUUAUAUAUUUAAAAACAAACAUUAAAUGCCUUUUUUAUAUACUUUAUAUAUAUACUAUAUGUAGAAAAACUAUUUUUUAUAAAUAAAUAUUUAUUAUAUAAUAUAAAA